AUGAAGAUGUCAUUCUUUUAAUACACUCAACCAUGAUAAAUUCCAAACAGUUUUCCCAGCUGAUAACGCCAAAAAUCUCCAUAAAAAAAGUAAUCUUUCCGAGUAAAUCAUUCGCUACCGUGAAAUCUGCAUCAAACUGCUUGUUUGAUCAACAAGCAAUCCCUGCGUGUAAAGACUUUUGUGAUUCUUGGAUGCUGAAAAGUUUGUAGCUUUGAUGACGUGAAGUGGAGAUGUGAAGGAGUGGCUGAGGUUUUGGUGAAUAAAUUGAAUCAGUUUGGUUUUAUUUGUUUGAAGCAAAUGAGGUUGGAUUGGAGAUUUUGAUGAUGCUUGGUAUCGUGAAUCAGAAUUGUGGGAGAACAUAGAGGUGGAGAAAUUUGAGAGUUUGUGAUUUUGGGGUUUGAUGCUUUGUAAUUUGGCCUGAAAUUAAGAUUAAACUGUCAUUUGAUGCUGUCGUGGUGGUUGUUUCCCGACAAUUUUGAGCAUUUGUAGUGUGAGGGAAGAAGUGUUCCUCAAGCAUUAGGUUGUGUAUAGUGAUUGAUUUUGGUGUAGCGUUAUUGUCGUCGUUGUUGUUGCUCCAUGAUAAUUUAGAGUGUUUGAAAAAUAUAGUGUGACGAAUAAAGUAUGCUUGAGCAUUAGGUUCUGUAUAGUGAUAAUUAGGAAGAAAUGCAAAGAGUUCGAAUUUCAUCACAUCAGUCUCCGGUGCAUAAGCUGGGGGAUUCGCAGAUGACUUUGUCUCCGAAGUUUAAGUUAGCUGCAACAUGUUCUGCCUUGCUUGACCCUGCACUACAGUUCGAGCUAUCUAUGAGGGGGGAGCCUUUGAUUCCCGGACUUCCUGAUGAUAUUGCUCUGCAGUGCCUCCUUCGGUUGCCGGUCGAUAAGCACACAGCUUGCAAGGCUGUGUCCAGGCGUUGGUACUCUUUGUUUGGAAGCAAAGAGCAAUUUUUCACCCUGAGGAAGGAGCUUGGGUUUCACGAUCCAUGGCUUUUUGUAUUUGCUUAUCACAAAUGUACCGGGAAGAUCGAGUGGAAGGUUCUAGACCUCACCCACUUGUCGUGGCACACAAUCCCGGCUAUGCCUUGCAAGGACAAGGUGUGCCCGCAGGGUUUCCGGUGUGUUUCCAUCCCACACGAGGGGGCUCUCUUUGUUUGCGGGGGAGUGGUUUCCGACGUUGACUGUCCGCUUAAUUUAGUGUUGAAGUACGAAGCGCGUAGGAACCGUUGGACGGUCAUGAAGCAGAUGAUCACAGCCAGGUCGUUUUUCGCGAGCGGGGUUAUCGAUGGUAUGAUAUAUGUUGCCGGAGGUAAUAGCACGGACUUGUUUGAGCUUAAUUCGGCCGAGGUAUUGGAUCCUGAGAAAGGCAUGUGGCGGCCCGUUGCUGGCAUGGGGACAAUGAUGUCCUCGUACGACACGGCAGUUCUAAACGGGAAGCUUCUCGUGACAGAAGGCUGGUUUUGGCCCUUCUAUGUCGUCCCUAGAGGUCAAAUAUACGACCCAUCGACUGAUAAUUGGGAGGAUAUGGCUGCUGGGCUCCGGGAGGGAUGGACAGGAUCGAGUGUUGUGAUGCACAGUCGCUUGUUUGUGGUGACGGAGCAUGAACGGACGAAAUUGAAGGUGUAUGACUCAGGAGAUGAUACUUGGGAUAUUGUAGAGGGUCCGGCUUUACCUGAGCAGAUAUGCAAGCCAUUCCGUGUCAGCUGUUGGGAGUCCAAGAUUUAUGUCGUUGGACGGAAUCUCCAUGUGGCCAUUGGCCAUAUUGUGAAGCUUGGUCCGAGUGCUACAUGUGAAAAGAAAUGUAGAUUUUCUGUUCAGUGGCAAAUGGUGGACGCUCCUGGAACCCUCUUUGACCUAACGCCGUCAAGUGCACAGGUUCUAUUUGCUUAGAAGGUGUUUGUUUUUCGUUUUUCGCUUUAUGUUCUUGUUUUGUCAUGUUCGUGCUGCUGCAUGAAUAACUAUAUGAGGGUCUAUGAAUUAGAGGGAAUUGCUUUGUAUGGAUUGCGUUUGUUAUAUAAAUAUAUACAUCAUAUAUAUGUGUAAAGGUUAUGAAUAUCUAUACAUGUUUACUUUUGCCUUA